AUGUGGUCCUCGCCUUUACUGUUGUCCCUCACGAGCGUUUUUGGCCUACUUGGUCUAGCGUUGAUCACAUUGGCUUUGGCUACUGACUCAUGGACCGACUAUCAGGUAAAUCGACGAGAAAUAAUUAAUGCUAUGAAUCGAAAUACGGAGUUAAAUGCUCGUUUGAAAGACAACGUUGUAAGGAAUCCACUGUACUUUUCACGCAGUUACGGUCUCUUCCUUGUAUGCUUUUCUGAUGCCGUACCUUCAGAUAUCGGAAGCUUUUCCAAAUUUGGUUCACCGUGCAUCUGGAAUGACGAUUAUCAUCCUUCGGAUGCAGCAUAUGAGAAAUACGACAGUUUACAAACAUAUCGUUAUUAUGCCAUGUGGGGAGCUGCAAUAUUAUAUCUUUUGGGACUGGUCGUGUUCAUUAUUUGUUCUGUAUUUGGUAUGAUCGGUUGUUGGCGAAGAAGCACGAAAAUAGUUCUUACAACUGCAUUACUUAUGCUUUUUUCAGUAAUGUUCCUUGCUGGUUCAAUGGCAUGCUGGCAUUUGGUUAAUUAUCUAGAGAGGCAUGUACUGGAUAUGCCACCUUUUUAUAAAUCUUGGGAACCGAUUUUGAAACAAGGAACACGAUUCAGUUAUGGUUGGUCCUAUGUAGUAUCUUGGGUUGGCAUUGCAUUUAUACUACUUGCAUCAACAUUCAUGCUAUUAUCAUACAAAAAAAUCAAGGAAGAAGAAGAAAGAGCUUUUGAAGCAAAACACGGUGCAUAUAUGAUGCCAAAUUAUUAUGACAAGUCUUCAGCAAUGCUGCCAUACGGAUAUGGUACAUACGGCGGUUAUCCAACCGCUUAUCCGGCCGCAUACUAUGGCCAGUAUCCAGUAGGUACCGGAUACUAUGGAUAUAUGACAUAUGGCCGCUGA